UUUUUCAAUAUAAACGUAGAAAUGUUCAAUUAUCAAAAUAAAAUUUGAUUAGGUUGAUUAACUUCUAUCACUAUUGUUAAUCAUCACUGGCGGCAAUUCAGGAAGUUUGGUUUAUAACAAUUUUGUUACCCGGAUCAAGAUUCGCUUAUCGGUUGUUCAAAACCGCGAUCAACAUUUGCGUUGACAUCGAGCGCUUAUCGGUCUCGCGAGCCUUGACAGGUGCACUUUUGAUAGGCGAGAGCGAAAGGUAUGAUGGAUGCACACGCUCAUUUAAUGUAUAUAACAGGUCAUCGGGGCGUUGAGCAAACACAGUAAAAAAAAAUCGCGUCUAAUCCUGACGUUUUCCACGAAGCGGCUAUCAUCAUCGUCCACGUGGAUUUUAUUAAAUACGGGGCGGAGCUGGCGCAAGAAUAACUUGUCUCACGUACUCGAGAACUUAAUAACCUGAUUUUCACCUAUAAUUUUCCAUUUUGUUUAGACAAGAUCGAAAUAUAAAUAUAAUGACUUUCGUCCGGCAAAUUAUUAUAUACGGCUCAACUUUUUCUUACUUGGCUUUUUUUUCUCGGAAUAAUCAGUAUCUAAUUUGUUUUUUAAAGGUUUAUAAGUACGUUAACUAUGAAUUUGUAAUCAAAAUUUUAAACGGCAAAUUAAAUAGAGUUUUAUUUAAAUACAACAAAAUUUAAUAUUUUGUUACGUUAAAUCCGUCAUUUUAAAAUAGCUGUUUUUUAAAAUAUAAUUCUCAUGUUAACAUUUAAAAUAAGCCCAGAAAAAACUCGCUAUCUUAAUUCUUGUGGAACAUAGUAUUUUUUAAAUUUUUAUUUCAUUUUUUACGAAUAUUCGACGAGGUUUACUCACCAAGGAGUAAAAUUCACGAGAGAGUUGAUUGUAAAACGAUCCCAUUCUUCACGUUCAAAAUGAUUCCGGAAGGAAAAGAGCUCGCUCUCUUUAUUUUUGUGAAGAAUAUGAUAAUUUUCGAAGGAUUGGGUCAUGUACGUUCCACCAGGCACGAAAGGGUCCUCGGGGAUUCCAAGGGUUAUUCUCGUAAAAUACUUUCGUAGAAAAAAUUUGCAUAAUGAGCGUACGAAGAAUGGGAUAGGUGAAAUCGCGCGCGUUCAGUCUCGAAACGCAAAUCGCAAACGACAAGUUGAGUACCCCUUUGUUACGUGGGACAAUGCAUGCGGCUCGUGUCAGGUCAAAUCGCCGCCCACAGGUGCGAGAACCGCCACAACCGCGCUGGAGGCUGUUAUUUCUCCGGCCUAUGCAAGCAAAGAUUACAUGCGGGAUAGAGACAAUAAGCGCAUAAGUUAUUAGGGGUUUCUACCACGGCUGUCAGUGUACGUUCGAACGCGCACUGCGACAGACAACAUUGUUUUGCGACUCGCGCCUUAUAUUGUCCUAUCCUACCGCGCACUAAAGUAUCUUUCCGGCUACGUAGCCUGCUUCGUAAAAGAACAUGCAUACCGAUAAAAAGAAUUCGGUAAUAAUUAUCGAGCUUUGGUGAAAAUCUCGUGUAGAAAUGUGUGUCGACACUUAAGAGGACGCAGAGAAACUCUGAUGAAAUUGUGUAAUGUUUAAAAGUUAAAAAACAUUUUAACAUGUAAUGAAUGAGAUGAGUGAAAAUAAAAGCGAUGUCAUGCCUCCUCAAUGGACUGCUGGAAAAUCUCGGCAACCUGUCAUGAUUAAUGUUCGAUCGCCCAAGAGUAGUUUACGCAAUAGCAGAUUCGACUCCAUGAAGACUGACAUGGUGAUGCCCGAAAUGCUGGCACCUGUCGUCUCUUCGUCGGAUGCCUUCAAUCCUUCCACUGAUAGUCUGCAUGCGGCCAUGAGGCCGAUCAUCAUGCUGGCCCAAUGUUUCUCCAUGCUUCCGGUGUGCGGUAUCAAUAAACCGGACGCUUCGUAUCUUCGAUUUUCGUGGCGCAAUCCGAAAAUCUUAUACUCGGCGGUCGCUAUCCUGGGGGUAUUCUUCAUGUCGGUCGCCAAUGUCGUGCGUUUGCUCACCUCGAAAUUAAAUUCUACGAAAAUGACGACUUUCGUUUUCUACGCCACGGCCAUGGCAACCGCAAUUAUGUUCGUACGGCUGGCGAUGCAGUGGCCUUGCCUGGCGUUAACUUGGGAGAAACUGGAACGUGAAUUCACCUCGAGACAUCGGCGAAUUUCGAAGACCACUCUCGCAACUCGUUUUAAAAUCGUAACUGUCGUCGUCAUGUUGCUCGCGUUGGUGGAACAUUCUGCCGCUGUGGUUUCUGCGUAUAUCAGUGCAGUAGAAUGCGCAGCGUAUCGCGGUGACACGGACGUUAUUGGUACUUAUUUCCAAUCGCAAUUUCCUCAGAUCUUCACAAGGAUGUCUUACAGUCUCUGGAAGGGGAUCUUAGUUGAAACUAUAAAUAUCCUCAGCACAUUCUCAUGGAACUUUGUCGAUCUGUUUCUUAUUCUCAUCAGUAUAGCUUUGGCGGAUCAGUUUAGGCAACUAAACAGUCGCCUCUUUUCAAUACGGGAAAAGGCGAUGCCGGAGUGGUGGUGGGCCGAAGCUAGGAAUGACUAUAACCACUUGGCGACCCUUACACGCAGGGUGGACUCUUACAUCUCAAGCAUCGUGCUCCUGUCCUUUGCUACAAAUUUGUACUUCAUCUGCAUUCAAUUGCUGUUUUCCUUCAACCCAAUACGCGAUAUCGUGCGGAAGAUCUACUUUUGCUAUUCCUUCGGCUUUCUGUUGUCGAGGACAACGGCGGUUUCCCUGUAUGCGGCUUCCGUUCAUGACGAGUCCCGUCUGCCAGCACCGAUUUUAUACAGCGUCCCUGGUUCUAGUUACAACACCGAGGUUACGAGAUUUCUGAUGCAAGUAACGACGGAUAAUGUAAGUUUGACAGGAAUGAACUUUUUCUCCGUAACCAGGGGACUCGUAUUAACUGUUGCCGGAACCAUCGUGACUUAUGAAUUGGUUUUGGUACAGUUCAACUCCGUCCAACAAGGUAGUCUGGAUCAAUCGAAUAUAACGACUGCUUGCGAGCUCUUCCGAUAUGAAUAGCCUGAUAUUCAUUCUGGAGAAAAGCGAAAAGGAUCACCAGCGUUGAAUCUAAUAUUGUUAUGAGACAAUAUGAAUACGCACUUAUACAUUUAGAUACAAAAACAUUUUAGGUAGAUUAGAAAACACACCGUCAUUCGCAGGAAUGGAUCAAGAGCACAUACGAAUGUAUUUUUAUUUGUUUAUGAUCUACAUCGCAAUAAUUUUGUAAAUAUUGCUUGUGAAUGGUGAACUAAAAAAAUUAUUUAAAUAUAUAAUGUUUAUAUAAAUCUUGUACAAAAUAUAUAUUAUUUUAUUAUAUAAAAAAAUUUAUUUAGAAAUAGUACCAGUGAUUAAAAAAUUUUAUGAAAACUUUAAAUACUUUGAAUUCUUAAUUUACCUGAAUGUGAAUGUAAAAUUGAUGAAUGUUUAUAUAAUUAGGAAAAUUUAUUUGACUAAAGAUAGCUCGACGUAUAGAUAGACUUAUUGCGAAUAUGUAUUGGAAAAUAUAUCGAAAUAAUACGUAAUUAAACCAAUAACGUUUUUUUAUGACCAAACAAUCAUAAGUUUGUUAUAAUAAAUAUUCCUUGUAUUAUUAUUCUUAUAAUAAAAAAAUACAUUUUUAAAUUAAGUGCAUGAUCGCAAAAAUAGUAGCAAUGAAAUUGCAACAAAGUAAUAUCAUAUAAUGCUUUAUUUUUAUGAAUACAAAUAAUUAAAAAUGAUGAAUACAAAUACUUAUAUUAUCUUAAAGUCUAAUUUACAAUAGUUUGCCCUUCGACAAUAUUGCUUAUUCAUUGUUCUUAUUUGGUGUCAUUGCAAUAUUAAAUUGCAGCAGCACGACUUCGUACGUUACAAUUGCACCAGCCACCUACAUACAUGAAUUUGAAAUAUUAAUAAUUAUAAAUUAUAAUAUUAUGGAGAUAUUGAAAAUCAUAAAGUGUAUAACAAAAUAAAAAUUAUCGAUUAAACUCUUUUCGCUUUUGACGCCAUUAACCCUUAACUGCUGACGUACAUACGUCUGUGAGACGUCGCGCAAAAUGUUUUUUCAUUGCCCCUUCCCCCUAUGCAUCUUUCUAGAAUUCAGUCACGCGCAGUCACGCGUGAGUUGCGGUGUAGAGCGGACGUGCGGCAUAGUUCAAAAUAGAUCAUAUUUAUCGCCUUACGUCCGUGAGACGUAUCCCCAGUGUUAGUGCUUAAAAUUUCAGGUUUAAAAUGGCUCAAAAUAACAAUAGUUUUUCUUCCACAUCACAAAGAUUUUAUAAGCGACAGCAAACCGAUGUUGUCGAUCGUAGGGCUGGAAGUUCGAGCGAAGAGUAACUGUGCCACAGCUUUCAACAGAGCUUAAGGAUUUUAUCAAGCGCGUUCUUCGAGUAACUACAUCACUUACUGAACUAUCGCAAUCUGCACGAAAAACUUGAAACACGAAAAAAUUGUUUUAGAGGAAAAACGCCGUGAAACGGCCUACCUCAUGCUGUACCUGCCAAAAAUUUGUGUACUUACAGUGCUCCAAAUCUGUGUGCAAUAACUGUUGCUCAAAAGUGAUAAAAAAAACUUUACUAUUGUUGACAAUUUUAAAUGAUACUUCAUGAAAAAUAUUUGUUAUUAUCUCAGUCAAUAUUUCAUUAAAAAAUUGUGAUUUUUCAUAUAAAUAGCCAAAGAGGUCAUGUGCUUGCUUUGUCGUAAUAAUUUUGUUUUUACAAUAAAAUUAAUAAUUAUUGAAA